AAACGAGAAAAGUUCUUCGAUUCAAUCCGAAAUUGUUGUAAAAAUGGCGACGGCAGAUGAAAUGUCGGCUAUUGAACGAAUUAGGGUUCAUCUGUUGGGCGAUUUUCCCCCUUCUGUGCUCACCAAUGGCGGAGUCACGUGCAAUUGCGGAGUCACCUGCAGCAGCGUGAAUUCGUCGGCUUCGAUCUCCGAUUCCGAUUCCGAUUCGGCGAAUUCGCGACUUUCGACGUGCGAUUCGGUGUUUUCCGGUGACGGGAGAAGUCUGCCGGCGUCGGGGUCGCUGCCAGUCGGAGCUCCGGCCACGGCGGAGAAGUGUGAGUGGAUUGAGUUCGGCGGCGAGGGGCGGCGCUACAGGGGGGUGAGGAGGCGGCCGUGGGGGAAGUACGCGGCGGAGAUUCGUGACCCCACGCGCCGCGGGUCGCGAUUGUGGUUGGGGACGUUUGACACGGCGGUGGGGGCGGCGAAGGCGUAUGAUAGAGCGGCCUUUAAUAUGCGGGGGAGCAAGGCGAUUUUGAAUUUCCCGCUGGAGAUUCAGAUGGAGGCGGAGAGGGCUGCCGGCGGCGGAGGCAAGCGGCGGAGAGAGGAGGAGGGCGUGGAAAACCGGCGGCUGACGGAGGCGGAAUGGACGUCGUCCUCCUGUGUGCACUUACCGUUAAUUACUCCUCUGAAUUUAAUUUGAAAUUGAAAUUUUAGGAUAUGUUUAGUCAUGUUUUUGUUAUUAUUUUGAAGUAAAAAAAUAAAUAAAUACAUUAGAUAGAUACUGAAUAUUACGUUACGAGUUCAUUUUUCUUUUUUAUUAUUUAUAUGUUCGUCAUCUUAUACAUUCAU